GGGAAGGUCUAGUUGCGCACGUGUUUGCCCUCACUGAAAAUGGCCGCUGGCGUCCGGCAUUCUUCUUAAGCAGCGCGUCUCGAUGGUUUCAUGAGUCUGACUGGGCUGUUGGGAGCUUCUUCCAAAGAUGUACAUGUUGGUUGAAAACCGCACAAGUUUCCUUCUCCAUCUGAAGAGGUCUCCUGGCAUCAGAUCUUGGUCUCUCUUUGUUGGAAUAGCCUCCAUAGGUUUGGCUGCUGCUUAUUAUAGUGCAGACAGCUUGGCAUGGAAACUCUUCUAUAUGGCUGGGUGUCUCUUCGUGGCAGCGCAGAAUCUGGAGCAGUGGGAGGAAGCUAUAUUUGACAAGAACAAGGGAACAGUCUGCCUAAAAACAUUCAAUCUUUACAAAAAAAUACUGACCUUCUCAAGAGGAGGCAAUGAACAAGUAGUGGCUCUACUGCAUGAGAUCAGAGAUGUGAACGUGGAAGAGGAGACCGUGCGAUAUUUUGGGAAGGGUUACCUGGUUGUGCUACGAUUUGUCACUGGAUUUUCACACCCACUGACUCAGAGUGCAGUGUUGGGCUGCAGAAGUGAUGUGGAAGCAGUUGCCAAACUCAUCACUAGUUUUCUGGAACUGGACAGAGUAGAGAGCCAACAUGAUCUCUCUCAGAGCAGCGAAACAGAGGCUAGUGACGCUGAUGAACCAGAGGAUAAAUAUUAAUAGUCAUCAUGAGCUGAAGAAAGCAGAGGCCUUCAAACAUAUGGAAAACAUACUGGUUGUUCUUCAGGAGAAAAAUCCCUUGUCAUCUUUAACUGGGCGUUUCUCUACGUGUGCAUUUACAGUGGGAGGAAUCUGUCUUGAUUCCGCUAACACCUCUUAGUGUUAAACUGCUUCAAAUUUCUGCACGCCCCCUCCAUUCCAAAUAUGGCCUUUGUAGAGUCCAAAGCAAAUUCUGUUGUUCCUUUGACUUAGUAUCUGGAUGUGGACAGUGCUGACCUUUGAACUUUGUCAGCUCAUCAAGCUCAACUAGGAAUAACUGUUUAGUAAUGAAUUGGUUUGAAGUCAUUUAUUGCUUUCCCAUCAAUGAGGUGGAGAUACGCAUGUAAACUUCCAGUUAUUGCAAACAUCUACUGCAGGUACAGUAUAUGAAAUGCAGAAGAGCUGAAUUUGUAACUCAUAACACAAUGCUCUUGACUUUUUCUGUCUUUGAAAUAAUAUAAAUGACUGAAUAUAUUAUUGGUUUUAAGCAGUUUAAUAUAUGCAAUAAGGUGAUGCAGGAUAAUGGCACUUUUGUUCUUUACUACUGACUUGCCGCUAGAGACCAGUGGAAAUCAAAGUUUGGAAGUGACUGUCUGGAACUUUAAAUAUCGGGUUGGUCUACUUGUUAUGUGGUCUUACUUCUCCUGGACUUGCCAAGGAGCCAUAAAUAAUAAAUGAAAAAUCAACAUGUGGAUCAUUCAACAGCUUUGACAUGUUCUAGUUUAAUCCUGUCCUGCUCAACUUCUGGGCAUAGGCUACCCCUCAAUGGAAUAGCCUAAUUCUGGACCUCAACAUUUACCGUUUUAACUGUCUAUUUGGAAAGAGGGGUGGGGGGAAAAAGCAAAUCUGCUAUUUUAGAUAGGGAAAAUACUCAUGUCAGACAACAUGGCAGCCUAGACUUGUUUAGUAUUCCCUGCUUUAGGUGAUACUGAAGUGCUAAAUAAAAACUUAAUUUUUGUUAAGAUAGCUGGGAGAGUUCUGCUGUCAGACUUGUGCCCAGAUUAUUACUCCAGAUGUGUGUAGUGUCCUUCAUUCUGUCCUAUGGUUUUACAAAUGGUUAAAAACCAGGAAUUUUCCAAGAUCAAUAUUCUUUUUUUAAAGAAGUAAAAGCUAUCUCUGGUCAAAGUCUUUUGUCUAGAACUAAAACUUCAUUGUGCCUAUACCAACAUGUUAUUACUAUGAGGGAAAAAGUUGUAAAGAGCUGAAAGAUCCUUCAGCAUGCUAAAACUGCUUGCAUUAAAGUUCACCUAGUAUUGUUUAUGAAUUGUAUGGUGUUAAGACCUGAGAUAGAAAAUAUUUAUACACAGUUUGAUGGAGGAGAUCUCCAUGGGGUAGAGGGUAACUAGAUGAUCUGCCUUCAGACUUGCUCAGCAAUAUGUCUUCUGGCAGCAGUCUCUUCUGAGUUUACAGGCACCUAUAUUCCUGCUUCAAAGCACUCUACCUCUAAAGAAGUGAAAUCUGUGAAAAGAUUUCAGUAGAAGACAGAUCCCGUAAAAUGUUGUCUGUUCCAGUCCUGAUUGAAACCAAGCACGUGCUUAUCUGACGAAAGAACAGGCUGUGGUAAGAUUUCACUUCCAGCCAUUUAGACCUAGAAUGUAACAGCUGUGAGACAAACAUGUUCUUGCUGUUGGUUUGAACAGUUAUCUUCAUGUUACAGUUUACCAUUUUGUGUAGCUUGACAGCAGCACAAAAGUAGGUCUACUCUUCUUAGAUAAGAGGCUCGUAACCAUGGCAGGCAUCAAAGCAGAUGUCUGCUGAUAGAUGUGCUUGUGAAGUCCUCUGAAGUGGCUGGCUAACUACGUGGCUUUUGGUCUCUGCCCUGCAUCAGCUGGAAGUGGGAAACUGCCAUGUGCUAAUAUGUGAAAAAUUAGAUUGUGUAAUUAACUAAAUUUGAUCUCUCUUUCAAAGCACAGCUGUAAAAUAAGAAUCAUUAAACCUGCUUUUUAAAAAAGGGAAAAUUCCACUGGAUGCAAUGCUGUGGAGAAAACUGGAGAAAUAACCUGGAGAAAACUGUUUCUGGAGAGAGAAUGAGAUUGGGAAUUCAGAGAAUGUUUUUCACCCCUCUGCAGUGUUCUAAGGUAUUCUGGUACUGUUAAAAAAAAAAAAAAAAGGUGUUUAAUGGUAUAAUGUGAGUACAAGGGAUCAACCUGCAGAUACUUCCUUCUUUGUAGCAAGGCUAUUUGGAGGGAGAACAUAGUAUGGCUAUGCAUGCAUGGUACUUAGAAAUUCUGAGCCCACAGACUGGACCAUAAAUCAAUAAAACACAGAUAAAACUACCUGCCUGCAUUCAGUCUUGGCUAUACUGGGCUGCUUUUGCAUUUCCAUGAGAGCUAACACCACAUGGAAGAUACAAACCAUGUUGUGGUUUUCUCAUUAAAAAUCAGUUUAAUAAAGGCGUUUGUAUUGACCUAACCCUACAUUGCAUCAUCCCCUCUGCUUCUGCUGAGUUUUUUUGGGUGCAUCCAACUUGCUAUACGUUCUUGAUCUGUUAGUAAUGUAACAUACUGCUGAGGUAUCAUGAAACACGAUCAUAAAAAGACUAAAACGGAAAUGUAAAUAGAAUUCAGAAGAAAGGGGAAUGACCUAUAGUAAGAUAUAACAGUCUGAAAUACGUUCUGUGGAGCAAGUUGGUUGCUGUCCAAGGAUAGGAUCAGCUCCUCAGAGAUGAUCAGCUCCUUAGAUGGUGCCUCCCACCCUCUCAAGGCAUAGCAAAAUUUCCUACUGAUAAAGGGUAGUCAGUGACGCAGGCUGGGAUGCACUGUGUGUACAGGAAGAAUGCUUUAAAGUGUCUGCCUUACAGUUAGAACAGCUGGUGUAAUCCUCCCUUGUGCGGUUUCUAUUUCGCCUUUGGUGAGUCUUUGUUGCCAUAAAAAAAAAUUAGAAUUAGUUCAAAAGAGAACCUGAGUUCUAGAGAAUGAGCUAGUAUGGAGGGGACUGAGUAAAUUCCUGACGUGCUCUGGAUUCUGCCUGCAGGCCGUAUGCUGGACGCUCCCGGCUUCAUAUGUACAACUGGGACCUCAGUAUAUAGUGAUGCUUACCUACAGUGUAGGUAAAGAACUUCGUGUAACCUGACACUUGGAUGUCACACAUGCAUGUGUAUUCCGGUAUGAUGUUGCUUCUCCUGGUCCAGGUUUUGAACUUCUUGUCUUCAAAAACUGGCUUUGUCUUUGGCAGUUGGAAGAUAUUAUCCAGAUUUUCUUGUCUUACAGUAACCAUGUGCAUGGAAAAUUAACUUGCGGCUUGCAGUUAACGUUUGGCUAUGGCAAUGUUGGCAGACUCAUCAGUGAUCUGAUGCAGAAUGAAGGAACUGUGUUUAGAAUAGCAGACAGGUUCUGUUCUUAAUUCUUUCCAUUCAUCCUCUUUCAGCUCCUCCUUUCUUGUCACUUUUCACUGUUUUGCUGAAAAUGUUUUUGAGCAGUGAUGUUUUUCCCCCACUUCUGUUGCGCCUAGCAUAUUAAAAAGCCCAGUAAAUGUAGCCUUUUGGGUGCCUGAUGUAAAGUGGCUUGUACUAAAAGGAGUGAUGAAUGAAAGAGUAGUUUUGGCUAGGAAACUAGACGCUUCUAGAAAAGUAUUACUGGACUUAUUUGCUUGGCUUUUUACAUCUCAGGCUGUCUAGUAACCUGAGUCUGGACAGCUGUAGUUUAUAUAUGACUUAUUUAUAAAUAUGAUUUGAAAACCUUUAUUAAAAGACCUUUAAUUAGCUCUAUCCCUGCUUCGCCAUACAUUUUUCCAUUAUGUCCUUUCCAACUGUAUCAUGAGUACCAUUUGGCAGAUGUUUCAGCUGAAACUUCUACGUACACUUGAAAUUACUUUCGUGUAUGCAGUUGGAUGCUAGACUUGAUUAUUGUACAAAGUGAGAAAGUUACAUAAUCUAAGCCAUAAUCCAAGGUUCUGUUAUUUCCCCAAAUGAGAUGUUUCAGUAACUAGUAUCAAUUGUGUACAUGUCAAGGUAAAUCAAAGUAUUUAUACCAUAUAGCUGAGAUCUGACUUCUCUGCUGUAUUUAUGAAGUUAUGUAGAUGUCAAAAACCAAGCUGGCUUACAUACUAAAUGAGUGCUAGUUCUGACACUGUAGUAGAUUGCUCAGAGGCAAAAAUACUUCUAGAAAAUGUUUGUUUAGAAAUUGCUUUUCUAUUUCAAUACUGCAAGUAGAAUUUUAGCAAGGCCUUGUACAUUAUUUUUUUUUUAAGAUGACUAUGAAUAAAAUCAACUUUAACUUGUUCUGUGUCAGUGUAGUCUUUUAUUGUUCGUCCUUAUUAAAAUGUAUAAAAAUAUUCAUGUUUGUCUAAACGACCGCUUGAUACAGACCUAUUGAAAGAGUUAUUGGGGAUGAGGACAGAAGGAAGGAAACCCAAAUACCUAACCUGUUACUAACCCUGCUUUCACUCUUUUACAGCAGCCCAGAAGCCUAAUUAGUCUUGUUUUCACAGAAGCUAAUAAGUGACUCUUCACUAGUAAAUAUACUUAAAUAUUGUUUCCACUUUAAACCAAACUGACAAGUCACAUGCAAAACAAGGGCAAGUUUCAAAAUGAUACUGUCCUUUGAAUAGCAAAGGAUUUAUUAUGGUAAAAUAAACUAAGAUCUUGUUUAGUUCAAGGUAUGUGAACUAUUUAGUCACAAGGUAUGCAGCUUUAAAUGUACAUGGCAGUCUUUUUUUUUUUUUGGAUUAAAAAUCUACAUAUGGAGUUAACUCUUGUAGCUCUUUCUCUUAUAACAACAGUUAAAGACUUGUCUUAUGCUGCACUUCUUGCACUUUCAGUAGCUAGAUCUAUACUAAUGUUAAAAUAGAUUGUUUCAUGAAAAUGUCCGUAUGUGUGCUUCCUAAAUAGAAGACUUUCAAGAAAGCAAUAGACAAAGCAGACAAGAUUUAAAAAAAAAAAAAAAAAAAA